AUGCCCGUUAUAAUGAAUCCCUACUCAUUGCCUCCUAAGGCAAACACGAAACCUGAUACAUACUGUGAUUGUAUAUCGAUUUGUAAAAUGACGAGCGAGAAUUUACGAUCACUGGUUAGCUCCUAUCGUGCCAGCAAUCCGGGCAUAAUCUCACAGCUGACCAGUGCGGAUUAUUUAAUGCUGUUGAAUGACAAGCCGACCACGGUUGGCCGGGUAACGGAUGAGGCAGUGCCGCAGAUUUUCCCUGCUGGUACUAGCAACCAAAUAUCUCGCAAACAUUUCACUAUUGCGUACGAUUCUGAUGGAAACUUCACUCUGCUGUGCCUUAGCAAGAAUGGCAUCAUGAUUGAUGAAACGUUUUACGGUAAACGAGAGCAACCGUAUAUUCUACCUCAACACUGCAUCAUACGCUUUCCAAGCACAACGGAUGUAAUCCAUUUUAAAAGUUUUAUUAACGAAACAACCGUCGUACCUGAAGCGAAUAAAGGCAGCAUUUGCAACCAUCAUGAGUCUCAGGUUGGUAUUAACUUAGUUCCCUUGUGCACAAAUGAAGAAAUGGCACCACGUACUCAUGGCGAGCGACCACCUUACAGCUAUUCGCAGCUCAUCAUACAAGCUAUCAGCGCAUCUCCGCAAAAGAAGUUGCCGCUUUGCAAAAUCUACUCCUUUAUAAUGGACAAGUAUCCAUACUAUCGUGAAUUUGCUAUCAAAUCCUGGCAAAACUCUAUCCGGCACAACCUGAGUAUGAAGACAUAUUUCUUGAAGACACCUCAGCCGGAACCGAACCUUGGCCACUUGUGGAUGUUGCACCCAUCUUGUGAAGCACAGCUGCGAAGUAAAAGAUUUCUGGAACGACGAAGUAGACCACAGACGAAGAAGAUGUAA